AUUUUUUUUUUCUGGGUGUGUUUUUUCUCCCUAUUAUACCUUCUCGAAUCGCAAUUUGAUAAGGGCGUUCUAUGAAAUCUUCCGACUGUAAUUUCAAAGUCUGAAUUCUAAUUAAAAUUGAAGGGUUGAUAUGCAAUUAAUUGAGAAUAUGCCCAUCUCGCAAACAACCCCAAAGUUAAUCAAAUUUAUUAUAAAACCCCAAAACAGCAUGAACAAAAUAGUAGUUGUAGAUGGCUUUUAGUUUUACAUAAACUUAACCGGAGCACUUCCUCUCCGCCGUUCGGCUACUGCCCUCCGGAUCCAAGCAGAGGAGGUCAUUUGCAUUCCUUUCUUGGGCUGUGGGGUUUCUAUGAUACUUGUGGUGAAGUGAUAAUGAGUAUCAACAGAGACGAGGCUCUUAGAGCCAAAGAUUUAGCGGAGGAUUUGAUGAAAAAGACGGAUUUCACCGCUGCUCGUAAGCUUGCACUCAAGGCUAACAAAAUGGAUCCCAGCCUGGAGAACAUAUCUCGCAUGACAAUGGUGUGUGAUGUGCACUGCGCCGCGACGGAGAACUCGUUCGGGAAUGAGAUGGAUUGGUACGGCAUACUCCAGGUUGACCUGAACGCUAACGAUAUCGCCAUCAAGAAACAGUACAAGAGGCUGGCGCUUCUUCUCCACCCGGAUAAAAACAAGCUCCCUGGUGCUGAGUCUGCUUUCAAACUGAUUGGUGAAGCCCAGAGGAUGCUCUUGGAUAGAGACAAAAGGAUGACUCAUGACAUGAAACGCAGAACUUGGAGAAAGCCUGCACCAUCUUAUAAUAGACCCCAACAGGUGCCGAGUUAUCAAACGCAGCGGGCAAGCGUUAAUAUAAGGAAUAUCUACAGCGAGAACAGGCAUCAUCCUCAGCAGCAGACAGCUCAAGCACAACCAGCCGCGUUCAGUCACCAUCCAACCUUUUGGACCUCUUGUCCCUUAUGCCGGUCGAGUUUUGAAUAUGGUAGGGAGCAUAUCAAUAGAGAAAUGACUUGUCGGACUUGCACGAAACAGUUCACUGCUAUUGAAUCCCCUUUCCAGAGUGUACCGCUGGCGAAACGCUCAUCUCAGACUACUUCUUUCCCACAACAGAACAAGUUUCCAAGCCAAAAGGCUGGCAAUGAACCGGAGAAGCGUCCAGUUAAUCCUGCUACGGUUUCCUCUAGAAAGGCGAGUUUCCCUACGCGUUCUACCGCAGUAAACAAUAAUGGAAAAAGGAGGAGAAACAACAUGGUUGAAUGUAGUGACAGUUCUGACAGUGAAACUAGCAGCGAUUCUGACGAUGUUGUAAAUGAUGUAGCACGAGAUUUGAAGUCUAACGGAGGACAGCAGCCUAGGAGGUCAGUCCGUAGCAAGCGGCAAGUUUCCUAUAAUGAGAAUUUGAUUGACGACGAUGUAGACUUAGCCAACGACAAUGGGGAAGGGUCUGGGAAAAACAUAGAUACUGAAAGGGAAGAAGAGUCAGAAGACGAAAAGCAAACACAUGAGGAUCAUCGCUCUACGGAAACCUUGCCGAAUGGCAUAAACCCGAAGGAGAAGGUUAAAGAAGACGAGGUGGAGAGCUCUGCUGGUGACAGUGACCCGGAGGAAGAUUUAAUUUCAGGGAGUGCAGCAAAACCAAAUAUUAUCAACUGUGAUGAUCCUGAAUUCUUUGUCUUCGAUAAGCAGAGGGAAGAAAGCUGUUUUGAAGUUGGCCAGAUCUGGGCUUUAUAUGAUGAAGGAGAGGCAAUGCCUAGGUUUUAUGCUCGCAUAAAAAAAGUUACGACUCGAAACUUCUCGCUUAAGUACGUAUGGUUAGAGGCAGAAGAAGAUGAAGAGGAUGAAACACGAAAUCUGCCUGUCUCUGUUGGCAACUACGAGCUUGGGAAUGAGGAGACGACAAAUGAGUGUAACAUGUUCUCUCAUUUGGUUCGCGGAAAAACAAGAAGCAAUGCGCGGCGUAUUAAGGUGUUCCCGGAGAAAGGAGAAACGUGGGCACUUUACAAGAACUGGAACAUCGACUCCUCCUCUGACUCAGACCCUCCUCGUGAGUAUGAGUUUGUUGAGAUCCUGUCUGACUAUGCAGAGCAAACCCCGAUAUCAGUCGCCUUCUUGUCCAAAGUGAAAGGCUUUUCAUUUGUUUUCUGUCCAAUGCCAAAGGACGGAUCAGGCACUAGUGAGAUUCCACCUCAUGAGUUCCGUAGAUUCUCACAUAGGAUUCCAUCAUUCAGAUUGACGGGAAAAGAAGGGAGAUGCGUAUGCGAAGGUUGGUUCGAGCUUGAUCCAGCUGCUUUACCAGCCCGUUACUCUCAAAACGCAUCAGGAGAAGGAACAGCUCAAAACCAAGACCAUCAGUCUCCACCUUCAGGAUCUGCCUGUUGAUAUUAUCUUUCAUGGCUUGCUCAAACCACGAUACAUGGAUCCGGUUUAUUUUGUUCGGGCGUACAGGUUUACUGACAAAGAGAAACCGGAGCUCCCCAGAGGCCUUUUGUUGAGCUCGAUACCUCUGUGUUGUCCUGUGACAUGGUGCACUCGUGAUUCUUUUUGUUAUUUUGUCUACUCCUUACGUUUUCUCUUUCUUGGUUUACUCAGACUUGUAGCUUAAUCACCAUAUACUUUAAAACUCCGUUGUUGCUAGCUACAGUAAGAAUUUGGUGAAAAACCCUUGGCCAUAUUAUACUUAUUUUAUCCAUUUUUCAUUUGUAAAAUCGCAUCAGUUACAUCCAGUUUCAACUUCUAUCUUGGAUUACGGUCGCG